GGUUUUUCGUUAAUACUAACAUGGGAUUAGUGAAUUAUUGAUAUUUAAGGCACUGUCUAAUCCGUGUUGAGUCUCAGAAUCUGGUUUUGUCCUUGAAAUUGCAUGCCCAUUUUCUUUAUUUAUGUACUUUCGCUUGGCACUGAAUUUGGUGGCCCAUCUGGGGCGGUUUGUUGGAUUGGUUAUGUUUUUAUGUAUUAACGUAGUAGAAAUGGCUAAACAUGAGCGGACCAACUCUUGUUUCUCGUACCAAUUUGAUUAUGCUUAAAGAAUUGCUGGUAUGUAGGGCACGUUGUAAUGCGUAUUGACUCUUUAUAGCUUUCCCUUUACCUCUGUUUUACAUGUACUUUGCGUGCUGCUGAAUUUGUUUGGUGGCUUAUUGGUUUCAUUACUUUCUUGUUCCCAUCUGGGGCACUUCGCUGGAUCGGUGUUGUUUUCGGGACGUUUUCGGGCUCUUUUUUAUUUAUUUACUAUUGAGAUUUUUUUUUUCACGUUCCACCCUGUUUUCUAGGGUUUCUAAAUUGUGAGACAGAUAGAAAAUCUUGUUGCCGUUGGUGAGACUUUGCGGUGACAGGAAUCAGAUCAGCUUUUCUUACAAGUGGUCUUUACCUUGUGUUUUACUACCUCUUAAGCUGGUUUUGUUCCAUGCACGUAAUGUAUGAUAGAAGCAUGGUAGUUUCAUUCUGUGAAACAAAAAAUUGUUUCUUACAAGCGCAUGCUCGGAUUAAGAAGAUUAUGCAAACCGAUGAGGAUGUCGGAAAGAUUGCCAUGGCUGUGCCCCUUCUUGUUUCUAAAGCUUUGGAACUAUUUUUGCAAGAUCUAUGUGACCGAACUUACGAGAUAACUCUGAAAAGGGGAGCCAAGACCUUGAAUUCAUUGCAUUUGAAACAGUGUGUACAGACAUUCAAUGUAUUUGAUUUUCUGAGGGAAAUUGUGAGCAAGGUUCCAGAUUUAGGUGGUCCUGAUGCUGCCUUUGAUGAACAUGGCAUUGCCAAAAGAAGGAAAGUUGCUGAUGAUGAAGACAAUUACAGUGACGAGGAGCGCAAUAGAAGCAGAAGACAUGAGACUACCCAGACAAGUAGCAGUGGCAGAGGAAGAGGUAGGGGCAGAGGUAGAGGCCGUGGCCGUGGCCGGGGGACGAGACCCAUGGAGAGGGAGACAGCUGCACAGGAUGGGAAGUUCGAAGAUGACCCAGACAUUGUUCAUCAUGAUGACAAGCACAGUCCAAACCUUGGAAGGCUAGACAAGGAAUACGAGCCUGAAGAUUUUAAGGAUAAUAUUCCAGCUGGAAGAAAUUUACGAACACCAGUCCAUGACUUUGACCUGAAUUUGGACUUGGAUGAGAAUGGAGAAACAAAACCAGUGCUAGCUUCUGUCCCUGCAAGCUACUCAACAAAACCAAUUCCUGAAUUGAAGCACGAGGAAGUACCUGGAUGGUCUCUAGCAGACAUUGAAAGGAUGGAUAUCGAUCCCAUUCAACUUGCGAACUUAAAUACAAGAAUAGACGAGGAAGAUUAUGAUGAGGAAGACUGAAGUUACUAGCAAGUGUUUUUGUUCUGCUGUAUAUGCCUUUUCACAUCCUAUAAGCAAUGGUAGACAACAGCUAGAAUUUAGAUUACACAGUAGCUUCCCUAGGCAUACAUAGAGAUCAGUUUGUUUAACCAUUCCCAUGUUUGAGACGGAGCGCAUUAGUCAUUACUUCUAAACGUUUCUGCAC